GAUUUGGGACCUGCGCAGUAAGCUCCGAGCUAGCGGAAGUCCCACAGCGCACAGCGCUGGCCCUCCCCUGCAAGAGCGGGUUGGGCGCGGUUGGUCGCUUUUCCCUCUCGCUUUCUGCCGUUUUUUCCCUUCUUCUGUCCCGCUUUCCUUCUCUUCCGCUCCUUCUUUCUCCUUCUUCUCUCUCCCGCGGCCGGCCAGGCGCUUCCGGCAGUCGGCGGCGGUGCGCUCUCGUCUUCCCGUGGCUGGGGUGCAGUCCAUCCCUUAGGAUCCCUGCUGAGUGUCUGGCUGAAGAAUUGGGUCCCAAUUUAUCUGUCAGAUAAGAGCAUCCUGAAGUUAGCCUUAUUUGUGGACAGCUUGUUAAGGAAUACGGUGAAGAAGGUGAGCAAACCAGCCAGUUUGUUCUCAAGUUACCUCGGACAGAAAAGGCGCAACCGUACGACACCAUGCCCAAGUUUUACUGUGAUUACUGCGAUACAUACCUCACCCAUGAUUCUCCAUCUGUGAGGAAGACACACUGCAGUGGCAGGAAGCACAAAGAGAAUGUGAGAGACUAUUAUCAAAAAUGGAUGGAAGAGCAGGCCCAGAGCCUGAUUGAUAAAACAACCACUGCAUUUCAGCAAGGAAGAAUUCCUCCCAACCUGUUCUCAGCUCCUCCACUAGGAGGGCCUAUGAUCCCACCUCCUCACCCUAGCAUGAUGGGGCCUCCCCCUCCUGGUAUGAUGCCUGUAGGACCACCUCCUGGCAUGAGGAUGCCCAUGGGAGGCCACAUGCCUAUGAUGCCUGGCCCUCCAAUGAUGAGGCCCCUUCCUCAUCCCAUGAUGGUGCCCACUCGCCCAGCAAUGCCUAGACCAGACAGAUAAAUACAUAAGACAGAAGGAAACCCAUUUCUCAGUUCUGUAUUCUUUGUUCUAUUUCACCAGAACAUCAUGGUGCUGGGCCUUAGACAUGGAUUAUUUGUUUUUCCUCCCUUUUAAAAUGUUGACACUCUUUUACAUCAUUGUCACUUUCCCAUGAUUCCCCUUCCCCUGCCCCCUAGUACAUCCCUCCCUUAAGUGAUAAAUAAGCACAGUGGAAAAAAAAAACCCAACACAUUGGAAGUAUCUAUGAAUUAUUGCUUGUUCUAUACCUAUAGUUUAACACCUCUCUGCCAAAGGAAGGGAAACACUUUCCCAGUCCUCUGAAGUCACAGUAGCAGAAUGCAUUAAUCCGAGUUUUGAAGUCUUAUCAGUGUUGUGUUCCUUUAUACUGUGGUGGUUGUGUAAGUUGUUUUCCUGUUCUGCUUACUUUCCCUCAACCAUUAGUACAUACAAGCCUUUCCAAAUUUCUCUGACUUCAUAUUCAUUUCUUAGAGCACAAUAAUAUUCCAUUGCUUUCAUAUCCCAUAUGUUCAUUUGAUAUUUCUCAAUUGAUGAGUAUUGUUUGCUUGCAGUUCUUUGCUAUUAUGAAAAGUGCUGCUAGAAAUAUUUUUGUGUAUAUGGGACCUUUCCCUCUAUCUUUGCUGUUUUGGGGUUAUAUGCCAAUAGUGCUAUCACUGAGGCAAAGGUGGGUGUGUGUGUGUGUGUGUUAUAGUGACUUUUUAGAGUAAUUCCAAACCACUUUCCAGAAUUGUUGGACAGAUUCACAGUACCACCAAAAGUGCAUUUGUGUGCCUAGCCACAGUCCCACCAUCAUUGAGCAUUUUCCUCUUUUGUCAUCUUUCUCAAUCUUAUGAAUGUAAAGUGAAGCUUCUGAAUUGUUUUAAUUUGCAUUCUUUUUAGAGAGGUAGAGCAUUUUGUCAUGAUUGUUGAUAGCUUGCGGUUUUUCUUUUUGCAAACUGCCCCAGGGGUAGUUUCUAGACCUAUAAGAAGACUUCCCACUUCCUGUGAAAGAAGAAACAGGAAGAGUGGGGCAGAAAUGCAGCUUAUAUUUGUAUUGUGACUGUUCGUAUUAAAUAAAAGUAUUGACUGUUUUAGCAUUUUAAAAAAA